CCCUCAUGUACAUAUCACUUGACAGUGUCAGUUUAAACACACAGGAGUUGCUAAUUUGUGUACUUUGCCCGUUCUUCUCAUCUGCUGCACACAGUUGUUUGUGUGGUGUCUCAGGCAGCGAGCACUCACUGAGCAGAACGUAGAGUAAUGGGAAGGGAAUGGUGUGCGUUGGUUGAGGGAAUUAUGGUUGCCUUGGGAACUAUAUUGUGACUGUAGAUGGUUAAUUUGUGGUAGAAGAACACCUGGUAUUUUCUUAAGUGUUGCUUGUAACAGUUGGAAAAAAGACUGGAUACUUACACUGGUUAUGUAUUCAGCAUUUGAUAAGGUUGGGUUGGGUUUUUUCCUUGCUAUGGUUUGCUAUUGGUAUUGUAUUUGAUAAACCUAGAGCCAUGAUCAACUGGGAAGCAUGCAGACAAACUGCCUCCAUGACUGGUCUUAUGUGGGGAUUGGGAAAGAGAAUGGAAAUUAUUUUGUCUGUGUUCCACAUACAUAUUUUGUUACCGUGUUAAAGCUAUUUGCUUUCACUCUCCUAUUACAUAUGCAAACAUGGUGAGUUUGCAGUCUUAGAUGAUUAAUUUUUCCACUUACCCUUGUUAAUCAUAGCUUCCUCAUGGAUUCAUCUUUUUCUGGUUUCAUGACAUGCCUUUUGUUAAAGCAUCUCUAGCUCAGUAAGCUUAAACAAAAGCCUCUCUGUUGAAAAAACAGUGCUGAGUGAUUUUGUAAUUCUUUGCUUUAUGACAAAACAAAUUUUUCAAUUUUAGAGACAAAACAUAGAGUGUCAGAGAGAGUAAGGAAAUGGGGAAUGCCUAAAAUGAAUUACACUUUUACCCAUUAUUGAAAAAAAUAGCAACGUUGAAGAAUGGCACUUAAUUGGGAGAAUAGUACAGCAAGAUCACCUACGUGCAGUUGUGCUAUUUCAUUUGACAAUAUGCCAGCAGACCAAGGUGAGUCUUAAUUAUACAUGUACUUUUGUAGAGACUUUUCUAACAAAUGAAUGAAAGUAUGUCUGGUGUCAAUAGUUUCUUAAGAACUGCAUUUUUUUCCCAUUCUUUGUGAAUUUCAGUUGCCUGGAAUAGUUGAUGUGCUUGUUUGUAUUUGUCAAAAAGAGAUGAGAGAAAACAGCAAACAAGGAGAUUACUCAGCCUGUUCUUUAGUUUGUUUUGCUUAUAAAAUGAUCCAAUAAAAGGAUUUGUUUCUUUAAGAUUUGUUUUCCCCUUGAAAUCAACUUAGGCAAACAAGUGACCUUCACUUUCUAAACUGUAACUUGAUUCUACUUUGCAUAGGUAGGUGUUAUAAAUCCCUUGCACUACAAGCAGUCAAAAGUCUCUGGGAACUAUGAACCUUGUGCUGCUAUGCAUUGAUCUUUUCCUAAAAUAAAUUUUCUCUUUUCUGGGAGAAUGCCUGGACCAUUAAAUGACCAGUGGGUGUUUUUCCAUUUGCAGAGAUUAGUUUUGGUGCCAGUGCUAUGAAGUGGCUACACUGGAAUGACCAGAAAGGCUCUAGUCAGUUUUGCACUCAAUGAUAUUGGCAGUUUGUCACUCCAGUUUCUUGCGGACAAAAAAAUCUGGAUUUCCCCAGGAGAGAAGCAGAAAGUAGACAAGAGGGAGGCUACUUGAGGAUUUCUACCAUCACUACUGGAAUGACUGGGGAAAAUAAGAGCUCAUUCUUUGUUGAACAGGAAGGUGAGUUUUGGUGUUACGCCAGCAAAAAGAAAUAGGUUGAAUAAAAUGUUUUGACAAGUUAGAUGUCCUGAAUUCUUAACAAAAAUUCUCAAUGACAUAGAUAAAUGCAGAUGCUAUAGAAUUUUGCAGAAAGACAUUCCACAGUUAUUUUCAAGUUCCAUUGCUGGGUUGGUUUCAGUAGACUGUGCAGUUUGACACAGAGCUAUUUGGGUGUGUGUCCUGAGCUGGAUUGUGAGAGAAUUUACAGAGUGACAGCCUCUGGUUCAGGUGUGUCCAGCUCUUUGUGGUAUGGGGUGCUGUUCACUGUGUAGUGAUGAAGUAGGGCAGCUGAGUCACACAGAGAACCUGCCAAGCUGCAGGUCAGCUCCAGUGCCCUGUCAUAUGUUAAUCACUGUCAAUCUCCAAUCCUCAAAAUUAUGAACUGACAGUUGGCAAAAGCUUCUUUUGUAUAUACAAAUUGGUUUUAGAUGUAGUAAAGAGCUAGAUCUUGCUACAUAAAAAAAAAGCCAAGCAACGUUUUUCCAUGGAAAAAUGCAGUUAAGGCUUUGCAUACUAUUGUUUCUUCACUUAGUAAUUCUGAGAAGGAGAUGAACGUUCUGUAUCUGUAUCAAUUCGGAUAGUGUAGUGGUGACUUGUCCAACUGGUGGUUGAGCAUGUUUGCCAUGAAAAUCAAAUUUGGAAGGGUAUCCUGUAAGAACAGAUUUGGGGCUUUUCUUGAAGCCUGCUGCUUUUUUAAGUUGGUUGUUAGGAAAGGGUUCUUCCCCCAGAGAGUGAUUGGACACUGGAAUAGACUUCCCAGUGAACAGGAUGGAGGACGCAUGCAGAGAGCUCUUCUUCCUAAACUGGCAUAUUGCGUGGAGUAAAGCUUCUCCAGGGAUAGAAUAAGAUACAGUGUCGAUAUCUUGCUGUAUCACCUUCAGGUUAUUGAAAACAAAGGUUGUAAAAGAUACAGUGUAGUCCUCGUCACUGCCAUGCUUCUUUCUGGCUAGUCCUGUCUUUUGGGGGCUUUUUGAAGUGUUUAUCCAAAGCUGUUGGUUUUCUUACCUACAGCUAAUGAAAUUUACGAGUUUGUGUUUCAGCAGCUCUUCAACUUGUUAUAACACAUGAGACUUCAGAGAUCUGAGCAGCCUGCAUUUGAAGUGACCCACAUGGUACUGGAGCAGGGAUGAAGAUUCCACAAAAAUUCCUAUUUCUCCUGUUGAAUUGAUCUCAACUCAAAAUCUUAAUGUGGAAUUUCAUUCCACAAAGUACCUGCUCCGGCCAUCACUGCCACAGCUACUAAAAUGGAGGUGGUUUCAGCAGAAGUCAACAGCUUGCUCCCUGAGGAAAUCAUGGACACCGGCAUAACUCUGGUGGAAGAUGACAGCAUCGAGGCUGUUAUCGUAUCUUCACCGAUGGGAGACUCCAUUCCCAUGGAAACAGAACUGGAAGAAAUAGUGAACAUAAACUCCACCAGCGACUCCUCAGCCACGACUACAGCCACAGUCACCACGGAAUCGGUUCCUGCGCCCAGCAGCCACUCAGGAGAUGCAGCACUGACCACCACAGCCCCCAGCUCUGAUGUGAAUGCAGCUGUAAAGCCUGCCUUUCCAAGUGGCCUCCAUAAACUUGGUGCUCAGACCCCUGUCACUAUCUCAGCUAAUCAGAUUAUUCUGAACAAGGCCACUGAUAUUAAAAUAGGCAGUCAGAGUAUUAAACCGGACGGGCAAAAGCUGAUUGUAACAACUUUGGGCAAGUCUGGCCAGCCUAUUGUUUUAGCAUUACCCCACAGCCAGCUCCCGCAGUCGCAGAAGGCCGUGUCCCAAGCCCAGGGUGGAGACUCCAAGGUACAAGGCCAGCAGAUCAAAGUUGUCAUUGGAGGUCGGUCGGAAGUGAAGCCUGUUGUGGGUGUCUCAGCUUUGACGCAGGGAAGUCAGCUCAUAAACACUGCGGCCCAGCCCUCUGUCUUGCAGUCCCAGCAAGUAAAAACAGUACAGAUUGCGAAGAAGACUCGAACCCCAACUUCUGGCCCGGUGAUCACCAAGCUGAUAUUUGCAAAACCAAUCAAUAGCAAAGCUGUUACAGGGCAGACCACUCAAGUGUCACCAGUCAUUGCAGGUAGGGUUUUUUCACAGUCUGCUCCAGGGACACCACCAAAGACAAUAACGAUCUCUGAGAGCGGAGUCAUUGGAUCAUCUUUGAGUACAACAACACAACAGACACCGAAUAAAAUAGCUAUCUCACCACUCAAAUCCCCCAAUAAGCUAACAGUGGUGUCAGUGGCCUCCCAGCCUCCCAACUCCCCCCAGAAGACGGUGGGCGUCCCACUGAAUGUAGCGUUAGGACAGCAGAUCCUCACAGUGCAGCAGUCAGCACCCUCCUCCCCUGGGAAGGCUAUAGUCAACCACACAACCACCCAGGCUGUGAAAUCAGCAGUGCAGACCAUUACUGUAGGAGGAGUGGGUACAUCUCAAUUUAAGACAAUUAUUCCCUUGGCAACUGCACCCAAUGUUCAGCAGAUUCAGGUACCUGGAAGCAAGUUCCAUUAUGUCAGACUCGUUACUGCCACAACAGCCAGUAGCUCAACCCAAUCUGCCAGUCAGAAUCCCAGUACGAAUACUCAGCCUCUGCAACAGGCCAAGCCUGUGGUGGUGAACGCGACCCCAGUGCGUAUGUCAGUUCCCAUAGUACCAGCACAGACUGUGAAACAGGUGGUGCCCAAACCAAUCAACUCAACUUCGCAAAUAGUCACUACUAGUCAGCCCCAACAAAGACUUAUCAUGCCAGCCACUCCACUGCCACAGAUCCAGCCCAACCUCACCAACCUUCCUCCAGGCACUGUGCUGGCACCAGCCCCUGGCACAGGAAAUGUUGGCUAUGCAGUCCUUCCAGCUCAGUAUGUCACACAGCUACAACAGUCAUCCUAUGUAUCUAUAGCGAGCAACACUGGCUUCACAGGGACAUCCAGUGUCCAGUCCCAGGCACGGCUGCCAUUUAACGGAAUAAUUUCUUCUGAGUCUGCAAACCGCCCCAGGAAGCCUUGCAAUUGUACUAAGUCUCUGUGUUUGAAAUUGUAUUGUGACUGCUUUGCAAACGGUGAAUUCUGCAAUAACUGCAACUGUACAAAUUGCUAUAACAACCUGGACCAUGAAAACGAUAGGCAAAAAGCAAUAAAGGCCUGCCUCGACAGAAACCCUGAAGCCUUCAAGCCCAAAAUAGGGAAAGGAAAGGAGGGAGAAUCGGAUCGGAGGCACAGCAAAGGAUGUAACUGUAAACGCUCGGGAUGUCUCAAAAACUACUGCGAGUGUUAUGAGGCAAAAAUCAUGUGUUCUUCCAUAUGCAAAUGCAUUGGCUGUAAAAAUUUUGAAGAAAGCCCGGAGCGAAAGACAUUGAUGCAUUUAGCAGAUGCUGCAGAGGUCAGGGUCCAGCAGCAGACUGCUGCAAAGACCAAGUUAUCUUCCCAGAUCUCAGACUUGCUGACAAGGCCAACACCAGCACUCAGCAGUGGUGGUGGGAAGCUGCCCUUUACAUUUGUCACCAAGGAAGUGGCCGAUGCAACCUGUGAAUGUCUCCUGGCACAGGCAGAGCAAGCAGAGAAGACGGGCAAGUCCAAAGCUGCAGCGGAGCGCAUGAUCCUGGAGGAGUUUGGACGCUGUCUGAUGAGGGUUAUCAGCUCUGCAGGGAAGUCCAAAUGUGACCCUUGUGCCAUGAACUGCUGACUCAUGCACAUGAGCCACAAUGAAGCGGACUGAACAGAACACUUAAGGCACAGGGACACUUUGGUUUAGCAUAAAGGAUUUAAUAAUAUUUGUUAAUUUGGUGCUUGUUGUAAAUUGACCCAUGUAAGAUUGAAACAAGAAAUUCUUUUAUAACAGGAUGUAGAGCCUUUUAAAUCUUAGCUAGAUCCUCUUCUACAUAAGACAAUACCUAAAGGUCAGUUCUUCUACCCAAUGUACAGCUUUUACCCUGGGUUUCUUAAAAAUUAGAUGUGUUCUCCCCUUUCCCCCAGAAUAAUUGUCUGAAGGGCAUAUAUAAAUUAUUAUAAUAUAUAUAUUUACAAUGUAUGGAUUUGCAUCACUGUGCAUACAGGAAAACACAGGUGAUGUCAACAGCCAGGUCAUGCUUUUGCUGACAGGCCUGUAAUAUGGAGGUACCAGUGUAUCCAAGAUAAUUCUGAAAGGAAAUAUGUAGAAAUAAGCAUCUAAAUGGAAAGUAGUACUUGUAUGUAGGACCUGACACAGCAUGUCCCUUUAGUGCACAGAGCACUGAGAUACAUAGGCAAUAGUACAGAGGGGUUGCUUGCAGAUGUAGCACUGAGCAAGUAAUGGAGAAUGUUUCCAGAGCAGGGCCCAAGGAGUACAGAGGUGAAUGGCAUUAUGGGGAAUUUUUUAUAGGAAUGGAGCAGAGUGCUCAGGUGUUUCUUAAGCUGGAACUUGAAGGCUAAGACAGUGGCCUGUCCUCGGAAGUGAGGAAGAGCAGCCACAUCACAAUGCCAAACUGUCUGCCCAGCAUGGUGGUACCUAAGUGUGUAGCAGAUUGAUGCUGUUGUUUAGGUGAAGCUUGGUUUUUCAGAGGUCUGCAGCAGCCCAAUCUCUCACGGGAGGUAGGGCUGUGUAGUCCGUUGUGUUUUCUAGGAUCAAGCUGUAAUCCUGGAAAAGUGUUUAGGCCUGAAAAGCUGAAGUCAUGGGAGAUGACAAUCUGCGUCUGAAUUGACUUGCAAAUGCAGCUAGGGAUCAUGUUCAGCCUGGCUGUUGGUAUUCAGGAUGCUGCUUCUUUCCAUGUUGGCAAUUUACUUGGCAUAAGGAACUCUUUUUAGUGUUGUUUAGAAUAAUUGUGAGAGCUGUGAUCAGAGAAAGUACUAGUACAGAAUCAGGAUUGCUACAAAAACAGACACAGAUCCUUUUACACUAAAUGGGGGGCAAUCAGUUAUAGCUGGGCAUAGACUAAGGCAGGGGAUUUUUUUCAGUAUUUGUUACAGGCAAUCUCAGAUCACAUUUUUGAUAGUGGAACACAUUUGCAGAAUUAACCUGGUGGGUUACUUAGCUAUCAUGAACAUCCAUUAACCAUGUUUAAUCACAGGCAUUUUUAUUACCUGUCUCACUGCAGCCUGAAUUAGCUAUGUUUUUUCCAAAAGGGAAUUUGUAUUCCUUCUAUAAAACUGUAAAUACAGAGAAAUGCAGCAGAGCUCUUUCUCCAGGUUUCCUAGCAGGGCCAGACUGAGGAGAGGUAGGGGCUAGGCACACCAGCAGCAGAGAUAUGUGCCUGUGUGUGUAGGCAAUAGGGUGGGAGGAUGCUUCACCUCCCAGCCCUGUGCACUGAGCAGAAGACCCUUGACCUUUCUCUGGUGCCUCUUUGAAAUGCCUGGCGGGCAGCCAGCAGCAGUGGUGGGCUCACAGAGCAGGUUUGACCUGCCAGUCACUGUCUGAAGGGCUCUGUCUGGCAAGGAUAUCUCCCUGAGCAUAAAUGGCACUGUUUGUGCAAAUCUCUGAAAAGGGAAUCCACCUCUUGUGUAAGUAAAUGCCACUUUUUUCAUGAUUAGGACAUGGAUUUACUAAAAAAAAUCAGUGCAGUAACUUUACCUGUAGAUAGUGCAGAUAUUCCGUUCCCUUCUAGUGACCUAAUAUAGUCUGUCCAGUAAGAUUUGUAUAAAUGUAAAUUAGUGUAAGUGAAUAAAGUAAUACCUACUUACGUUAUUUUUCCAACAGAUUGCAAUAUGCCUUUUGUUUAGACUUCAAUCUGUGUUAAUUUUGUAUAUAUUCAGUGUCUUACUCUAAAUUGCACCUUUUGUGAUGUGUAUUUAUAUACAGUGUGCAAAAGCACUUGUGAAAUUUAGAUUACAGUUGUAAUUAUGUAUGAUGGCAUUGCUGGAGAAUAUUUUGCUUGUAAAGACUUUGAAGGUGCAA